UCUCGCGGGACUCUGCGCGCGCGGGGGCGGCCCCGGCCCCUCAGCCCGGCCCGCGCUGCCUCACGGCCGGAGCCGCUGGAGAAAGAGUUCCGAAAACAGAGCCUAUCCUCACUGUGCUUCAGCCCGGCCGGAGCCGCUGGGGAAGGAGUUCCGAAAACAGAGCCUGUCCUCACUGUGCUUCAGCCCGGCCGGAGCCGCUGGGGAAGGAGUUCCGAAAACAGAGCCUAUCCUCACUGUGCUUCAGCCCGGCCGGAGCCGCUGGGGAAAGGGCUCCUAAAACAGCUUGUCCUCACACCGCCUCAGCCCAGCCCCGCUCCGGGCGGCGGCUGCGGAAUUAGUGUCCCUUGAGCAGCUGGAAAAAGGGGAAUCCCCCUCCAGACCGCCUUUCGAAGUGGGAGGAGAAAAAAGACUUCUUUGUGGCAAUGCUCGAUCCUUUAGAGAACAACUUGCUCGAUCUUCCUGAUUAUGAGAACACAGAAGACGAAACGUUCCCACCUCUUCCACCUCCUGCCUCUCCAGGAAGAGACGAUACAGAAUGGGCUCAGGCUAAUGGAGAUCCAGAUGGAAACCAGGAGCCCCAAACAAAGGAUUCUGCUGUGACCACACAGAAAGCUGUUAAAAGGCCGAGGCCAAGAUUAGAUGCCCAAAGGUUAAUUUCAGAAAGGGGGCUCCCAGCUCUGAGACACUUGUUUGACAAUGUGAAGUUCAAGGGAAAAGGGCACGAGGCAGAGGACCUGAAGACACUGAUACAGCACAUGGAGCACUGGGCUCACAGACUGUUCCCAAAACUGCAGUUUGAGGAUUUUAUUGACAGAGUGGAGUCUUUGGGAAGUAAAAAGGAAGUUCAGACCUGCCUCAAGCGGAUUAGACUUGAUCUCCCUAUUUUACAUGAAGACUUCAAAAAUGAGGAAGCAGAAGGAGAAGGGGAAAGCCAAGGGCUGGACGCAGCUGCUGCAGAGGCACAUUCGCACUCCGGCGAUGCAGAGCUGGAUUCGCUGCCGGGCCCGGCUCUGACGGAGGAGCAGCAGGAGCGGAUGGAGAGGAACCGGCAGCUGGCCCUGGAGCGGAGGCAGGCGCGCCUGCAGGGCCUCAGCCAGUCCCAGCACCAGGCAGAGCUCCCCAGUAGUUACUCAGAAGAGGAGUUUGGCAGCCCAGUUGCUCAGGAUUCCACUGAAGACACUCAGGUUCCUGCAGCCAGGGAUGCUCCCACAGAAGAUGGAGAUGACGAAUUGCAAUGUGCCAGGGAGGAGCAGUAACUUCCCCACACUGUGAAUGCCUUUCUUGACCCAAAGACCCCUCUGCUUUAAGUACUGUCAUUUGACUGAAACGUUGCUGGCUCUUGGCACUCCAGAAGCUUCAGGGAAUUCUUUCCCAUGGUGUCACUGAAGGACAGAGCUCUUCCCUGGAAGCUGCAGGGGAGCAGCGCUGUACACCAGGAAACAGAACAAAGUUCUUCAGCUGCACUUGAGCUAUCUUUUCCACCUCCCAGAACAUUUUUUAGGAAAUGUUUAUGAGUUUUUGGACCUACUUUGAAUAUAGUUUAUAAUUUAUGUUAAACUGAAUUAAGUGGGAUGUUGAUGGGUUAAGUUGCUAUUAAAGGCGUGUUGUUUGGGGUUUUUUUAACAGGGGUGCUGGAUUUUGUGUUUUUUUUAACUGCUUAUCCAUUAUAUAUUUUUCACAUAAACUGGAAGCUAUUAAAUUUCA